CUAGUGAGUGGACCUUUCGAAAUAAACCAACCACCCUUCAACGCUUCCCUCAACCCAAUACAAGAAGGAAUCGGUUGCCUUCCUCUCUCUGCAGAGUUCCUAAGCAUUCCUUCCACCCUACCCUUGCGAAAAGGCAUCAUGGGCGUGAGAGUGGGGCUCUUAUUUCUUGUUGUGUUGGGCAUUAGCUGGGCCUGUGAUGCUAGACAAUUGCAGACCUCUGAUUUGUCUAGUAAGAGCAUUGGGUUCUCUGAUUUUUCAGUUGUGCUGAUGAAUUCCCUACCAAAAGAAGGGGAAGCUCUAGCUUUGGAACCAGAUGACGGGAAUGAAAAUGUAUGCACCAUGUGCGAGAGGCUUAUUACUGAGGCGCUUGAUCUCCUUGCUGAAAACAGGACCCAGAAAUUGAUCAUUGAAAUGCUUCAUGCUACGUGCUCUGAAGUUCAGUCUUUUAAGCAGCAGUGCAUCACUUUGGUGGACUAUUAUGCUGCUCUCAUUUUCUCCGAGCUUGCCUUGAUUACACCUGGUAAUUUCUGUGAAAAGGCCAAUCUCUGUGGACCGACAUUCACUGCUGGACAACUCUAUCAAGACAGCUGUGUGUUUUGCCGUCAUGCUGUUGAUGAAGUUCUAAUUAAGUUGAGAGAUCCUGACACACAGUUGGAGAUACUUGAGUUGCUUCUGAAAGGUUGUGAUGCUGUGGAGGGCUUGGUGAGAAAGGUGAGAACAAUUCAGGAAUUUAUGCUAGACUAUAAUUUCUUACAUGUUAACAAACUACCCCUUUUCUAUUUCUAUACUUUCACCAUGAUUUCAAAGCAAAGAGAUUUCAAUAAAUGGGUACAUCUAGUUAGUCGACCAAUAACAGUGUCGGAUAUUAGAUGAUUUCAUCAUCAUUCUGCACUCUAAAAUUUGGACUGCCACUGCCCAUCUUGUUGAUCCAAAAUAUCAGCAUUGAGAUCAGAUAAUCAAGAGUAAAAGCAAGAAGGAAAAUUGAAGAAAACUAUCACCUUUCCUGCCUGGUUGAAAAUUUUUUGGUUGUGAGAUGUCUGGGAAGAUGAAGUGGAACAGCCUGUUUGCCUGUUUGAUGAUGAGAGGAACAUUACAUAAUUAUUCUUAAAUAAUUCUUUGGUUCUCUAAUAUUUUAAACUCUUUCUGCAGUGCAAGAGAAUGGUGUUUGAGUAUGGGCCAAUAAUCCUCAACAAUACGGAGAGGUUUUUAGAAAAAAAUGAUGUAUGCACCACAGUGCAUGCCUGUGGUGUGCCCCCAGCUGCUAGCGUUGAAGAAGCAGUAGCUAAAGUGUCGGACUCUUGAAUAUGAUAGCAAAUUGUGCUUUGUAAUACAGUAGUAUAUAUUAUUUGGCUUCCAAGUAUUGGGGUGUGAUGUAAGAUUACCUAUCACAGUUUGUGCUUCCCUGCAAAGUAUUUGUUUCAAAUUACUUCAAUCUUAAAGUAUUCAUGAACUACCUUCGCCAAUUAUCUCACUCUGUAUUUGGCACUUCAUAGGGCUAAUAAAAAUAAAAAUCCCCUUGGCAAAUUUCGGGGAAGAAUCUUGUAUA